AUGGCUGCGCCGUCGACGUUGGCGCGGACACCGGCCUCCCCUCGCCUAUCCAGCAGGUCCAGGAGACGCGCACCUUCACCCUCUUCGUCUACGGCAAGUCGCGCGAGCAGGGACGCCCUCACGCCGUCGCAAUCGUCGAUCCCCAUCGUCGGCCGUCGCUUCUACCUCGUCGUCGACGAAUCGCCAGCACGAGCGCAACCCCGAGCCUGCUACGCCGUCGUCGAGUGCGCUGGCCGCCGCACAGCUCGCCCCACUUGCCUCGCCGCGCCGCCCCGCUCGUCUACUGCCGCCGCGCUGCUGGAGCCCGACCGCGGUCUCCGCUCGCUGACCCUGCCGCCCACCGCUGCCAGAGCCGCCCUGUCCCCUCGCCCCGCCGCGCCCGCUCCGGCCGGCCAUAGCCGUCGGCCGCGCACCCCGCGGCCAUCUCCGGCGUCCGUCACCGGCGCCCUGGCGUGCCCCUUCGCCCGUGCCCGUUCGGGCGGGUUCGCCCGCCCGUUCGACGCGCCCGCCAUGGGUGGCCUCUAG